AUGGCCUUCUUUGUGGUUAAGUUUGCUGAAAGGUGGUAUAUAAAUCUUCGACAUAAUGGCUUCCUAUGGGAUAUUCAAAGAAAUUGUCAGAGCGUGGCGGCGGCCGCCGGGCCUCCUCGCGGUGGCCGGGGCGGCGGGGAGGACGCCGGGGUCCUGCGGAAGGACACAUCUAACAUGUCAUUUGAAGAGCUAUUGGAAUUGCAGAGCCAAGUGGGGACUGAGACAUACAAACAGUUGGCAGCUGGAAACAGUCCUAAGAAGCAAGGUUCUAGACCACGUGUCCAAAAUGCGUGUGUUGCAGAUAAGCACAGGCCUCUGGAAAUGAUAGCCAAGGUCCGGGUGCCAUUUUUGCGUCAAGUUGUCCCCAUCAGUAAGAAGGUAGCCCCGGAUCCCCGCUUUGACGAUCUUUCAGGAGAAUAUAAUCCUGAGGUGUUUGACAAAACCUAUGAAUUCCUGAAUGGCAUCCGAGCCAAAGAGAAAGAGCUGGUGAAAACGCAGUUGAAGAAGCACCGUUCUGGGCAGGAGCAGGAGAAACUGCAGCAGCUGCUUCAGAGGAUGGAGCAGCAAGAACGGGCACAGCAGGAACGCAAGCGGCAACAGGAGCUGCGCCUGGCCCUGAAGCAGGAGCAGAGGGCUCGGGCCCAGCAGGGCCAGCGGCCAUACUUCCUGAAGAAAUCUGAGCAGCGCCAGUUGGUCCUAGCUGAGAAGUUCAAGGAGCUGAAACGCAGCAAGAAGCUAGAGAGUUUUUUAAGUCGAAAGAGGCGCCGAAACGCAGGCAAGGACCGGAGACAUCUCCCCUUGAGCAAAGAGUAAUAAGGAACUGUCCUGAGCUCUGCCACUGUGAGCCCAGUGAGAAAUGGAUCUGUGGGGACAGACUUUGGCUUGGCCUGUUCUGGUUCUUUUCCAUCCAAGGGCAAGAAUCUUAGCCCUUAAGCUAGGUUGGCUCAAAGACGAUGACUAGAGGGCUCUUGGACUGCUCCAGGGUUGGACAAGAAGAAGAGCAACUCAGCCUUGUGCUAUGCCACACUUCUCUGUUUGGAUCUGGUUCCUCGUGUCCUCAUGUCCUCCCAUCCUUGCUUUAGACCAAUGAUUGUGGUACAGAAGAGAACAGGCCAGUGAGUGAUCUUAAGGCUGGUGAAGGUCAUGAAGUCUGUGGAUGGUUCCUAGAGCUGGGACUUUAUUUAAGAACCAAUUCAUAAACAUUCCUGUCACUCUU